GGGAAGUAGAACAAGGUAGAUUUAAUAUUCUACCUUGUUUGAUAACAACAAUUGAGAUAGGUAAAGAAAGGUAAGGAGAGGUAGAGGGAGGUAGGGUUACCUCUGAACAGUAGUUUUUAUGCUACCGUCAAUUUGGCUAAAUAUCGAGAUAAUAUCAACAGUUUCGUUCAUUUUUUUUCAAUUUCGGUCACUUUUUUUCUAUUUUUUCGUGCACAAUCCGUAGAUCUGAUUCUCUGCGGUGAUUUGGGAAUUUGGAGGGGCAUUUCCCAAUCAAUGCAUAAUUUCAUACUUCAUCUCUACUGACAUAAAGAGAGUGUGAGACCAUAUUUGAUAAAGUGGAACUCCACCAAUAAUUUCACUCCUCAAUUAACAAAAAUUUACCAUUUUCUUUAUAUUUUACGGAGUAGUUAAAUAACAUUAUCAAUUUUUUAUAUUAUUUAUUUUUUAAUUAGUGUAGAUUAAAAUUAUGUUUUUCAUUUGAUUUAUUAUUUUUAUAAUAAUAGAUAAUUUAUUAAUGGAAAAAUAGAUAAAUAAAAACAAAUAUUACAACAUUACUUUUUGUUUCGAAACAGAAUAAUAUAAAAAAGCGUGUGACACACACGUUAUUGCCCAAAAGAAAUACAUAAUUAAAAUGCACCACAUAAACAAGAACUACAACUAGUAAUUUAGUAGAGUUAAGUUAUUGUGGAUGUGUGGUAGUUGAGUGAAUUUAGGUAGAAUUUGAGUUAGGUGUAGGAUUUUGUUUAGUAGUUGAGAAAAUUUAGUUAGGUUAGGUGCAUGAUUUGAGUUAAAUUAGAUGUAGUAGCUGAGAAAAGUUAGAAAGUUAGGUGCAAGAGUAAUUUGAUGGGUUACACUGGCACAAAGUGUUGGUGUGUUCACAAAAAUUUACACUAACACAAAGUGUUGGUGCAUUAACAAAAAUUAGUAUUACACCAAUACACAAUGUUGGUGCACAUCUGCGAUGUACAAAUGGAAUACAAAUAAUUUUAUCCUUAAAACUUUAAACAAAUUGAACAUAAUAAAAUAGAUGGAAUUAUAUUUUUGUUAAUUUUUGUUAACGCGAUAACAUUUUGUUUCAGUGUAAAUUUUUGUUGACGCGAUAACAUUUUGUGUUAGUGUAAAUUUUUUCUAACACACCAACACUUUAUAUCAAUGUGAAACAUCAAAAUGUUAGUGCAUACAUUUGGUGUAAAAUUGGGAUACAAUUUUUGGGAUAUAUGUAGCAUAUUCCAUAUUUUCAAUUGGGCGUAACUGUACAAGGAGUACUUUUACAUUUUAAAGGUAAAUGAGUACUGUUCAUCAUCAAAUUUUUUUAGAUGCACUGACAGGGAACUCUUUUUUAAAACCUUCACUGGCAGGGAAAUAAUUCGAAUUUGGAGGGUUUCAAUUUGGAAUCUUUUGUCACUGUUCUGCUCUGUUCCGCUUGAGUCUGUUUGGAUAAUUGAAGACAAUUUUGCCAUGUGUUCUUUAGUUGCUUCCAUUAACAGUACAGUGAUAUUGCAAGGAUUUUCCAUGUUUUUGCCUCUUGAAUUGAUACAAUUUUUUCCUUUUUUAUUUUUUUGAGAUAAGAGAAUGGGAAAUUGUGGCAAAGUGAUAAACAAAUAAAGAAAAACAACCACAAGAAUAUUUUAGUAAUUUUAUUCUUUCCCUACUCACGUUACCUAAUAAACAUCCAAACACAAUUUUUUAAGUCAUUACCUUACUUUAUCUACAUUCAUUUACCUACCUUCAAUUACCUACCAUUACGUACCUAAUAAAACUUUUCUCUCUUUGGCUUUCGCCUCUGCUCCUACUCCCCGUCGCCCAUCCACCCGGCGACAGACGCCGGCGGUAGCCGCAUAGGCGGCGUGUUUUUCCAACGGCUACAAACGCACAUCCACUCCUCGUCUUAUUUGGCUAUUUUUCUCUGGUCAACUUCAAAUCUGCCAUUCUUGAUCAUAGUAAAUGUGAUGCUGGUUUCUGUGCCAAGUUUCUCAUUGAAGACGGUUUGAUUCAGUCUCAUACUUCACUGGCAAUUGAGAUCUCCACGAAUCCUUGAGGUGUGGAAAAUGGGCACUGUGAAGUACCUUGAAGCACUAAAGCUACAAGAAAUGAUAUCAUCACAAAGAAAAUCCCGUAAAAUAACGGACACAUUGAUAUCUUUACAACAUCCACCAACAUAUACCCCUGGCAAAAGGCGAACGGAUCACAAUUUGUUACUUCCGGAUUCAGAGUUGAAAUCAAUGGGCGCAGAGCUUCACUACACCCAGAGGGGAGGUGACAUUACAUUUCACGGUCCUCACCAGGCCAUCUUGUAUCCCAUCAUAUCAUUGAGAGAUUUGGGUCUCGGGGCAAGGAAGUACGUGGAGAAGCUAGAGCUGACCAUGGUUGAGUUAGCAUCUGAGUAUGGGGUGAAAGCAAUGAGCGGAGGAUCACGCGGAGAGACCGGUGUUUGGGUCGGCGACAGAAAGAUAGGUGCGGUUGGGGUUCGUAUCUCAUCAGGGGUGACGUCACACGGGUUGGCAUUUAACAUUGAUCCUGAUUUGAGUUACUUUGAUCACAUUGUGCCCUGUGGGAUAUCAGACAAAGGGGUGGCUUUCCUGAAAAGAGAGGCAGCAGUAGAUAUGGAGCUUCCUGCAGAAGAUGUGAUUCAGGAUCAGCUUGUUUCUUGUUUUGUAAGAGUUUUUGGUUACAGCGAUGUUGUUUGGAACAAAUCCCCUCCCCUUCCUUGCAAUUGAAUGCUGAUGUUUGUUAAUAUUGCUGACUAGUUCACAUUCAAACUUGUUGUGCUCUAAUAUAACAACAUACUGGUU